AUGUUGGGAGCCAAAAAUGCUGCCCGGAAAGCGGUUGUUCAACAGGUUUUCCGUAGAAACUACAUGAAAAAACCAAUCGACAGCAAAUCACAUUUCGAUGUUAUUGAUCAUACUUUUGAUGCUAUUGUUGUCGGUGCCGGCGGUGCAGGACUUCGCGCUGCUAUGGGAUUGUCGGAAGGUGGAAUGAAAACUGCGGUGAUCACGAAAUUGUUCCCGACGCGUUCGCACACUGUUGCCGCUCAGGGAGGCGUCAAUGCUGCUCUAGGAAACAUGAAUCCUGACGAUUGGAGAUGGCAUUUCUAUGAUACUGUGAAAGGUUCGGAUUGGCUCGGUGACCAGGAUGCGAUUCAUUACAUGACUCGUGAAGCAGCAAGGGCCAUUGUUGAACUGGAAAACUAUGGAAUGCCAUUCUCAAGAACAUCUGAGGGAAAAAUCUACCAGCGUGCUUUUGGCGGACAAUCGAAUGAUUAUGGCCGUGGAGGUCAAGCUCAUAGAACUUGCUGUGUUGCUGAUCGUACCGGACAUUCUCUUCUCCAUACCUUGUACGGAGCCUCUCUUCAAUUCGACUGCAACUACUUUGUCGAAUAUUUCGCAUUGGACUUGAUCAUGGAUAAGGGAACAUGCAUCGGAGUCGUUGCUUUAGAUAUUGAGACUGGACAAAUUCAUCGCUUCCGUGCAAAGAACACCGUGUUGGCUACUGGCGGAUAUGGAAGAGCUUAUUUCUCGUGCACUUCGGCUCAUUCGUGCACUGGUGACGGUACCGCGUUGGCGGCGCGCGCUGGAAUUGAGAAUUCUGACAUGGAAUUUGUCCAAUUCCAUCCAACUGGAAUUUAUGGAGUCGGAUGCUUGAUUACCGAGGGAUCUAGAGGAGAAGGCGGCUAUUUGGUCAAUUCAAAGGGAGAACGAUUCAUGGAGCGUUACGCACCAGUCGCCAAAGAUCUGGCAUCAAGAGAUGUCGUUUCAAGAUCGAUGACGAUGGAGAUUCUUGAAGGCCGUGGAGUCGGACCUAAUAAGGAUCAUAUUUACCUUCAAUUGCACCAUCUUCCUGCUGAGCAGCUCCAUCAAAGACUUCCAGGUAUUUCGGAGACUGCUCAAAUCUUCGCCAAUGUUGAUGUGACCAAGGAGCCAAUUCCUGUUAUCCCAACUGUUCACUACAACAUGGGAGGAAUUCCAACAAAUUACAAAGGACAGGUUUUGAAAUAUUCGCCAGAAACUGGAGAUCAGGUUGUGCCUGGACUUUACGCUGCCGGUGAAUGUGCUGCUCAUUCGGUUCACGGAGCCAAUCGCCUUGGAGCAAAUUCGCUCUUGGACUUGGUUAUCUUCGGAAGAUCGUGUGCUUUGAGCAUUUUGGAGCAGAACAAGCCAGGAGACAAGAUUCCAGAUCUUCCGAAGGGAUGUGAAGAGAAAUCCAUUGGAAAUAUUGAUGGACUUCUCAACUCAAAGGGUGACAUCACUUCGUUAGAAAUCCGUCAAGGAAUGCAACAAACUAUGCAGAAGCAUGCAGCGGUCUUCAGACGUGGAGAUUUGCUUCAGGAAGGCGUUAAAAAGAUGGAUAAGCUCUACAAAGACCAAUUCAACAUGAAGGCGUGCAGAGACAGCGGAAGGGUUUGGAAUUCCGAGCUUGUUGAGACUCUGGAAUUGCAAAAUCUUCUUAUCAAUGCCAAGCAGACUAUUGUUGCCGCCGAGAAUAGAAAGGAAUCCCGCGGAGCUCAUGCUCGCGAUGACUUCAAGGAGCGCAUUGAUGAGCUUGACUAUAGUAAGCCGUUGGAAGGACAAAAGAAAAGAGAAUUCAAGGAUCAUUGGAGGAAGCAUUCGAUUAUUGGAAUCGAUGUUGAAACUGGAAAGGUCAACCUUAAAUAUCGUCCAGUUAUCGAUAAGACCCUCAACAAAGCUGAGACUGACUGGAUUGAGCCGAAAGUCAGAUCUUAUUAA